GCCGACUGACACUCUUCCAUCUUUUUGGGUCCCCCGCAGUGCACUCUGGAUUGACGCCACUGGAGCCUUUUCCCUGCCACCAGUCAUGUUGGCCUGCCUGCAGAGGACACAGAACCCGCCCAGCCAGCACCUCACCUGCCCAAACAAGGCCCUGGAGCCACGCAAGUGUGAAGUCAUGGCUCCCCUGCAUUCCCCGCGAUACCCCAGCCCAGCUGAACUGGACGCCUACGCGCAGAAAGUGGCCAACAGCCCCCUCACCAUCAAGAUCUUCCCCGCCAACAUCAGGGUCCCACAGCACAAGCACCUUAACCGGACAGUGAACGGGUAUGACACGACGGGGCAGCGCUACAGCCCCUAUCCUGUGCAUGCCAGCGGCUACCAGGGACUGCUGGCCAUUGUGAAGGCUUCCUCCUCCUCCUCCUCCUCCUCCUCCUCCUCCUCCAGCAAAGGCGUGGUGAAGAGCACGGAGGGCAAGCGGACUAAGAUGUCCCCUGCCCACGUGGCCGUUGCCCCCUACCCUGUGACGAGCACUUUAGCCCCAGGCCCCUCCUGUGCAGCGCAGCUGGGCUACCACAGCAGCCAGAAGCAGAUGGAGGCCCCCGUGGCCCCCAAUGUCACGGUAGCCACAUCGACGAUCCCACACGCUGGCAGGAGCCUGACACUGCCCCAGUCCAACCUGCCCUCCAUCCAGAACAUCAUCUUCCAGAUCAAUCAGCAAUGCCAGGCGCAGACCGGCCAGCCGCUGUGCCAAGGGGUAGUGGUAGCCAACCCCAGCCCUGCCAAGCACGGUGCUGGCGCUGCUGGAUUUGCCACCAUGGCGACGGUGGGCGCAGCCGUGGCGUACGCGGGCGCCGUGCUGCCCGACUGCCGUAAGGGGGCCGAGCUGGUGGCGGGCUCCCACCCGGGUGGUGGGCACCUUGGUGCCAAGGCCAGCCUCUACCCCGACGGCAUGGACUACCUGCUCUGGCAGCAGCAGAAGCCGCAACAGCAGCAGCUGCGCAUGUAUAGUGCGGGCAGCGGGGGCGGGGGCGCCGUCAGCAAGUCCCCGGAGGUGUGCGCCGGGAUCCUGCGUGCCUACCCCAUGACGGGCACGGCCGACAAAGUGAGCUCGUCCCCAUUGAACUGCGUGGGCAUGCACGGGAACUUCUCGGUAGGGCAGUACUUUGCUCCCCCCUGGAACAGCAUCCUGGUCACCCCCAACAGCGACUGCUACAACCCCCCGGAGCUGGCCAAUGGGCACCGCGAGCUGGGCAUCCAGCCCUCGGAUGGGCUGCCCAGCUUGCCCAGCAAGACGCUCUGCAAUACCUCUGUCCUCAGCAGCAGCCUGCAGUCGCUGGAGUAUCUCAUCAACGACAUCCACCCUCCGUGCAUCAAGGAGCAGAUGCUGGGCAAGGGGUACGAGACGGUCUCCGUGCCACGGCUCCUGGACCACCAGCACGCCCACAUCCGCCUGCCCGUCUACAGAUAAGAGCCGCCGGCACUCUGCUCUGAACCUGGAGGGUAAACCAUUCGACUACGGACCCCCCCUUUCCCCCUGCUUUGCCCUCCCCGGCACCGCCAGGGCCCAGACGGCCGUGGCAAGCAGGGGCCCCGAGGAACGCAGGCAGAGGCAGGCAGCAUCAUCCAGAGACUCGCUGGGAUCAUAGAGCUUCGGUUGUGCAACCGGCUGCCCUGGGAUGGAGGAAAUUGCUUGUCUAUAUAGCUCAGAAAUUUUUGUUUCUGUUUCUUAAGAAUGUGAACAGGGAGGUGCUGUCCAAUUUUGCUGCUAAUCCAGGGAGAGAAGAGAGAAGGCUUCGGUGUGG